AUGGACAAGGAACAAGAGUUGCCAACCCUGUAAUAGUAAGAGAAGGAGCUUGAGAAGAAGCGUACAAAACAAGGCUUGGAUUAGCAUUUCAAAUUAUUUAAUGAUCUCUUAAAAUUAAAAUAUGCCUCAUACACAAAGACAGCAUUAAUGCUAAUUAUAGCAUUUAUCCAUCACUUUCUCGCUUAAAUUAGAUACUUAAUAAACAUUCACUAUUAAACUGAAUCGACGAUCCUUGAUUAAAUGAUUGACUUUUGCACUUAUUUCGACAUCCAGGGCUUGUUGAGACAGGAUAUUACAAUAAACUACAUGAUGCUGUCAGUUUUUUUAUUAGCAACAAUAGGAAAUACAAUUCUCUACUUCAUCCUUUAUAUAUUGUAAGGAGAUGACUAUAGAGUUCGUAAGAGAUUUUUGGGGAAGAAAUUCGUACAAUUGUCAGAAUGGUAUGUGUGGUUAUUACAUUAUCCAGCAAUGGUUGUAUUUUUUGAGAACAUUGUUUGUGGACCUACAAUAGACUGUACAAAAUCGUCAGUAAGAGAUAUUAUGAUAUCUCUGUCUGUGAUAGGGGUGUUUUUUGGGACAAUAAACAAUUCUUUCUUGAGUGUCUUUUUUCAUAACAACAUCAAUUAGAAGAAGGAUUGUUUUAAUACUGAGAACUCACUUUAUCUAGUAGCCUUUCAAAUAUUCCGAAUGAUUCAGGCAUUUCUCUUAACUUUCAAUUCAAGUGAAUAUGCAUUUGUUUGGGUGAUGCUAAUUGUAAUAUUUUUUGGAUAUAGUUAUUUUUUGAUGAAUUGUCUAUUCUUUAGUGGAUACAUGGCAUUUGCAACAACUUCAGUUAGGAACACAUUUUAAAUCUUAUUAAUAAUUAUGGUUUCAACUAGUUUUUCGAUGAUAGUAGAUGAAUUGUAUAGGUAUAACACAGCCAAACACUAAUUUGAGAAUUUCAGUAUAUUUUUUACAGUUUCUUUUAUAUUCCUUUGUUGCUGUUUUAUCUACAACUUGAAGAAUUCUAAUUUUAAGGAUAUCAACUUUGAGAAUGCAGAAGAUAAUCAGAUAAAUAAAUAAAUGUUCAUAAUGAGUACUCUUAUAGAAGUAUCGAAUUAGGAUAUCAAUGUCGAUUUAUUUUUCAAGGGAAUUCUCUAAAGACAUAUGGAAGUUGAUUGUAGACACACGGUAAUACAAGGAGAAGGGAGAUGUUUUUGUAAGAAGAAGAAGGUAUUUGAUUCAAAGAAAAAGAAAGAAGUAGCCUUGGAUGAUUGGUUGAUUCAUAAGAACAUAUUUGUUAAAUUCUUAAUGAAAUCGUGGCUUGAAAUCAAGUUGAAUCAAAAUCCUAAUUCGGUUGAAUUAUUGAUACUGUAUGCUAGAUUUAUGUUUUAUAAAUUUCAAAACCAUCAAGUGUCAUUGCACAUAUUAUCAGAAUUAGAAAAGCGUUUUCUCUUCAUAAUUAAUAGAUAUAAAGCAUAUCAGUUGAAGACUUAGAUUAUGAAAUAUGUUAAGCAUAGGAAUUAAUAGAGUUAUCGAGAAAAAUUAGAAACCCAGAAUGCACUGUAUAUUGAAGAUAUAAUAGAAACAAUAAAGAAGAACAUAAACAAUAUAAUGAUUCAAAAUUGUGUAUUUUGGAAAUGCUUAUAGAAAGAAGUAAUUGAUUUGGAAGAAUUGGAUGAAUUACUAAAGAAUCAAUUUGAUAAAAUAGAGUAAACUAAUUAGUUGUGGGUCUAAAUACAAAAUUAUCUUGACUUUAAAAAGAAGUGGAAAUUCUAUUAUGCUUGGUUUACUCUGUAUAUUGAGAAUAAGAAACUGAAGAAUAAAAUAUUGGAUAACUUUUAGGGACUGUCUGUUAAUGAGAAUGAUAUAUUCUCUGAGGAACUUCAAGAAAACAAUUUGGAAGAAGACAUAGCUAGCAUUAAAUCUGAUCAAGAACAAAAAAUAGAUAUGGAUAAAAUUGAUAUAAAGAGCAAACGCAUAGUGUUUGAUAAAAAAGCAUGUAUUAUAUAAACCAGUGAUGAUCCAGAUGCUAUCAUCAUAAAAGUGAAUAAAUAAUUCACUAAAAUCUUUGGAUAUACAAGAGAGGAAGUGUCUAUGAAAUUCCCAAUCGCAUAAUUGAUGCCAGAUAUCUAUUCAAAGGUGCAUCCAUCUUUAUUAAAUGAUUACAGAAUGACCGGAAAAGGACAUUCACUCUAUUCCUAAAGAAAGGUGUAUUGUAUUCACAAAACUGGAUAUAUGUUUACAGCAUAGAAGUUCUUAAAAUUGUAUGUGGAUUUAAAUGGAUGUUCUUAAUUUGUUGUAAUGUUGAGACCUACAGAUAUCAACAAUGAAAAAAAACAUGAUGUGAUAAUCUUGAAUUCAGAUUGGGAAAUCAAUGGAAUGACUCCAAAUGUUAUUCAAUCAUUGUAAAUUGAUUAGGAAUUAUUCCAAAAAUAAAAAGUAUAAACACUUGUUAAUUUACUUCUAUUUGCACCUAAAUUGAUAUAAUUUAGUAGAGCCUGUUCAUUAAUAAAUGAACAAACUGAUUUAGAAUUAUUUGGUAUGUAAAAAACUAAGAAAAGACGAGAGUAGACAGUUAAAUCAACUAAAUCAAAUAUGCUUUCGGAUAAAAUCAAAAUUUAAGUAAAUAUGGCUCAUUCAGGAUCAAGUAAUUAAGGAAUUCAUAAAAGUGGCAAUGCCAUAUCUUCAGAUGAUUAACAAUCUAAUUAUCAUUAAAUGCAAUCAUUAGAAGUGCCUGAAGAUAAAUAGUUCUUUUAAUAUGCUAGUAGUGUUAGUGAUAAAAAUGAGGCUCAAGAUUUCAAGCACCAAAUUGAUUAGUAUUCAGAAAUGCAGAACAAUAUGAAUGAAUAAUUGAAUAAAAAGGUAGAUGAAAAAAUCAAAUAAAUGUAAGAGACCUAAUAUCAAAACAAUUAUAAAAGAAUUCAAACCAAAUUUGAUAAUAAUCAAGGAGAAGCUAGUGAUGAUAAUCUUAGUAAAGAUGAAAUUAUCAAAAUGAAAGGAUAAUUUAUAUUAGAAGGCAAAGUUAAUAAUGGAGAACCCAUAACAUUUCAUAUGAAAAUAUCUGAUCAAUUUAUGACAGCUUGUAAACAUUAUUCUGAUUCCAAAUACAAGUUAUAUUAAAUUAAAAAGUAACAAGACGAUCAUGUAAAACAAGAAGAAAAACAAGAUUAAGAAAAAGAAAAUAAAAAAGCAAAGGUUAACGAAUCCAAGUAAUUAGUCAAAUAAGGAACCUAACAAAGAGAAUUCAAAAAGAAAGCUCGUUUGAUGUUUUAAAAAGCAGCAGAAAGGAGAAAGAAUGAUGAAGACAGAAGUUAUUAUGAAUUGAUCAAGGAAAUAUAUAGGGAUAUAUUGAAAAACCAAACUAAAGUUAAAUCUUAUAAAGUCAUUUGCACUAUAUCCUUUUAUAAAAUUAGAGAUGAGAGAAUUGGUAUUAUGAAAGUUACCAACAUUUAAGAAAUCUUAAAAAAUAAAAUCAGACCCACUGCCAGAAAACAAUCAUAAAUGUUACAAAAAGGUUAUUCAAGAGGUAUGUUGAAUUAUUAAACUGUAGAAAUGUCUCAUUUGCGUAGUAUCUAGAAUAUCGAUGGACCAAAAUAUAUGACAAUGACGAGUGAUGGAGAAAGUAAAAUAAUAUCUCCUCCAUUACCGUAUUCUACAUAACCAAAUUCUAAGAGUAAUAUCAAAAUUAAUAACAAUAAAUCACAUGGACUUGGGUAUCAAUUAUAAAAAGAGGAGAACUUGGAAGAUCCAGAUGAUAAGGAUGCUUUAGUCAAUUUCAAGGGUUAACCUAAAAUGAUAAAUUGGGAAACCUUUUAGAAUUAAUUUAAAAUGUAAUAAGGCACACAAAGUUUUUCUCUUAAUGUUCUUGACAAUAUUUUUAGAAAGGAGGACAAUAACAAACCAAGAAAGUUCUUAGUGAAAAUAUCAUAUUUGAGUUGGUUUCUCAGAUUCAUGUACAUCACCAUUUUGACCUUUAAUCUAAUCACAUACUUUCUUAAACCUUAUACUGAUUUUGGACCAAUUAAGAAUCAAUCUUCAAGAAUAUUUCAACUUUCUUAAAUGCAAACAUAUUUAAUUGAAGCAUAUGACACAGUGAUGGACAUCUUGUUAUAUAAAGAUGCUAAUUUUUCAACCUUAUUAGUCAAUGGAGUUGCUUUAGGAUCAUAGAAGGAAUUCUUUUCUUAUCAAACAAAAUAAAUUGAUUCUGGUUAUGAGUUUAUCAAAUAGCAAAUGAAUGAUCUAGAUUAACAAGACACAUUUCUAGAUGAAUCUACUUUUUUUAGUAGUUCUGUUGUUGAUGAAACUAUUUUUGAUAUUUAAGGUGUUCCUAUCACUCUAGAUUAUAAGGAUGCUUUUACUAAGGUUAUUUUGGUAGAACAUCAGAUAUCCAUCAUGACAGCAGAAUAAUUAAUUUAAUUGACUGACAGCAACUCUCUUGUGAAAUACAUUAGGAAGGUCACAAUACCUACUAUAUACGAAGAAUUAAAUACUGCAAUCAUAAUACUUUCAGAAAUGUUGAAUGAUAAAUCUAACUCUAUGUCUGAUUUUGUAAUUACCGUCCUGAUUAUGGAAUCAUGUAUUUUUAUUAUUGGCUUUUUUGGAUUGUUGUUGAUAAUAGUGUGGAUAUGUCAAACUUUUAAGGCUGUAUUGAAAAUGUUUAUUAUGAUUAAGAAGAAUGAUCUUAAUAAAAUUGUCAAAUAACAAUCAUUUGUAUAGACUUAAUUUCAGUAUAUUUUGGCAAAGGAUGAUGAGAUAUCAGGAGUCAAUCCUCAGUAUGAGAAAAAAUUUAUUAAUAACAAAACUAAUUACUAAUAAUAACAGAACUUCUUGUUGAUCAAUGAAAUUGAAGAUUAAAAUAUAAUGAAGAGAAAAGAAAAAAAGAUUCUAGAAAAACAGUUACUUAGAAAACUUACAAUCAAAAUGUCUUUUAUUUACAUAUUAUUUGUUGUGGUUUCUUCAUCAGCUUCAUUAUUGUUCUUUUUGACAUUAAGUGAUUCAUCAAAAAAAAUAACAUAGAUAAUUUCUAUUGGCUAAAAUUCUAUAUUUGAUUUUAGUGAUAGUUAGCUAUUAUUAGUUUCUGUAAAAGAAAGAUUCUUUAAUACUGAAGAGUAUGACUCAUAAUGUUUACCUACUAUUAGGGGCAUUUUAGAAUCAUAACUUUCAAAUAUCAAUGUUGCCCCAUCAAUAGAUAAUCCAAAUUAUGGUAGCUAUUAUGAUAGUUUCCAAUCGAUCUACUUCAAUAAUCUAUGUUUAUACCUUUAUGAGAAUUCAUUUCUUGAUGAUGUAGCAUACAAAGAUUGUGAAACAAUGUUGAAUGGAAAAUUAAAGCAAGGAAUAGUUGCCUUUAAUCAAUUAUAUUCUUCAGUAACUCAAGAUUAUGUUUUGAACAAAGAAUCAAGAUUUGGUUAAAUUAAUCUAGAAUCUAUUUGGCAGUAUAAUGUAGCUAUAGAUUAUAUAAAAUCGGCAUUCAAAGUGCUUUUAACUAGUUGGUCUCAUGAUUUGGGAUCUCUGAUUGAUGAGGACUAUACUUUAAUAUUGGUGUUGUUAAUAGUGAUGGUAGUGUUUUAAUUUUUAGUGUUUAUAAUUGUAGCAGAGAUGUACUUAGUUAAUUAAUUAAAUAAAACAUUUUAGUUUUACAGAAAGAUUUAUAAAUCCUACAUGCCUAAUGAUAUCAUCCAAAAAGAGAAGAUCAUAAGGGCUUCACUAAUAAGAUACAAUAUAAUAAAACGAUGA